AUGCGAGCUGGGUCCUCCCAGUGGACCUGGCCUGUUAGCAAUCUACGUGCAGAUAGAUUGACUCUGGUCCUCUACGCCUUUGCUAGAGUUAGCCCGAAUGGAGAAGUGGAAGCACCUGACCCAGAUUUUGAUAAACCUGCCAGAGAACUGUCUGAGCUCAAGGAAAGGUACCCUCAGCUCAAGGUUGUCAUCUCCAUCGGGGGCGAUGCGUAUUCAGUGAACUUCCCGGCCGUCGCGGGAGACACGGACAAGCGACAGACCUUUGCGCAAACCGCGAUAAACCUGGCACAAAAAUACAAAUUCGAUGGAAUCGAUGUUGACUGGGAAUUCCCCAUGAACGUACAGGACGGUAAGAACUUUACUUUGCUCCUGAAGGAGUGCCGCAAGAAGCUUGGCCAAAAGGGUAUCAUAACCGUCGCUACUACUCCCAAUGCACAGUGGUAUGAGUAUUUAGACUUCUCCGGCAUGCAUGACGUGGUGGAUUUCUACAACUUAAUGGCGUACAAUUUCGCGGGCAGUUGGAAUAAAACUGCUGGCCAUUGCUCCAACCUACACAAUGAUCCCGGGAGCGGCGCGACAUUCGUCAGCGUGGACAGAGUUGUGCAGAAUUAUAAAGGUAAGGGAGUGGAUGUCACUAAAGUUUUACUUGGAAUCCCUUUGUACGGAGUGAUUUUCGAUGGGACCGAUGGUCCUGGUAAACCAUACACGAGCAUCCCUGGUGAAAAUCCAUCUUAUAAGGACCUCCCAAAGAGCGGUGCCAAAGAGGAGUACUCUGAUAGAGCAGGUGCAUCGUGGAGCUACGAUGCAAGCAAAAAGGAGAUGGUCUCAUAUGACAGCUUGGAGGAGAUUAUAGAGAAAGGCAAAUAUGUCAAGACACAUGGUCUCGGUGGCGGCUUUUUCUGGGAUGCCGCUAAGGACAAGCAGGGCAAGGGUAAUGCAGUUGUUAUAUUCGCAGAUGCGUUGCAACGAGAAUUUUAA